AUGGUGGCUCUCGGUACCAGAACCCAAGCCGAGGAGUUGUUCCGUCGUUCAUACCGUCUGAAAAUCGAUCCGGCGCAACUUUUACGUGAUCUGGAGCCUGAGGAGCGUUCCAGGUUGAAAGCUGCACUUGUGGAGCUUCGUGAAACGCAAUCCCGAAGAGAGAAUAAUUUAAUUAUUCGGGAGUUUUGCGUCGUCCGGAGGCGGCUGCAACUGAAAUGGCCUCCGCUUCACACACCCAGUGCAGUGGUUUGCACCAUUGAUGGAUCAUAG